AAUAAAGUACAAACCCAAUUAUUCAAAACGUGUAAUUUACGUAUGCGCAUGACUUUCACUUGCUCCUACACUUCCACGUUGACUCUCGGUCACGAUUCACGUAAUACUUUGCUUGAGGUUAAUUGAUAAUUACGGUGAGCGCUUCAAUGUAAUUCACUGUGUGAUUUAUAAGAGUACAUUCUGAUAUUUAUAGACGCUCUGAAAUGGCAAGUCUAAUCAAGAAACGCCAUGCGGACAAUAAUUACAUGGAGAUAGAGACAAUUAAUGGUAUACAAGGAAAAGUAAAGCAGCAUACAGCUAAAAAAAGAGCUAAGAAUGUACAAGAUGGAGAACAAAGAAAGGUAUCAGUUCCAGCACAUAGAUAUUCACCUCUAAAAGAAAAUUGGUUGAAAAUAUCUGCACCUAUUGUCGAACAUUUAAAAUUACAAGUACGCUUUAAUCUGAAAACUAGAAAUGUUGAAAUUAGAAUGGCACCAGAAACUCCAGAUAUUGCGCAUCUCCAAAAAGCAGCAGAUUUUGUGAAAGCAUUUAUUUAUGGAUUUGAAGUGGAGGAUGCUUUAGCUUUAUUACGUCUGGAUGAUCUUUUUGUGGAAUCGUUUGAAAUACAAGAUGUUAGACAACAGAUAAAAGGUGAUCACCAAUCUAGAGCAAUCGGCAGAUUAGCGGGCAAAGGUGGAAGAACAAAAUUUACUAUUGAAAAUGUAACAAAGACGAGAAUUGUAUUAGCAGAUACCAAGAUACACAUACUUGGUUCUUUUCAAAACAUACAGUUAGCUCGUAGGGCAAUAUGCAAUUUAAUUUUGGGUAGUCCACCUUCUAAGGUAUAUGGACAACUAAGAAAUAUAGCUAGUAAGAUCUCAAAACAAUAGUUAUCUAUAUAUUAUAUUUGUAUCACAUAUAUG